GGAGGGAGGGAAAUGGCGGCUGAGGGCGGCGGGUGAUGGCGGCGGGGGCUGGGCCUGCACCGCUCCCUGCUCCGCGGUCGGUCCGUUCCCCGUGGCCCAUCCCUGCUCCGGGGCCCGUCCCUGCCCCCUGAUCCCGGUCCCGGCCCAGCCCGGACCCUCCAACCCCGCAGCCCCCAACGCGGGACGGGAUCGCGCAGCAGCCGGCGGUGACUUCAUCCCGGCCCCGCCAUGGAGCCGCUGCCCGAGCUCUAUGCCAUCUUCCAGGGAGAGGUUGCUACAGUGACCGAAUAUGGGGCAUUUAUAAAAAUUCCAGGCUGCAGGAAACAAGGCCUUGUCCACAGGACUCACAUGUCCUCCUGCCACGUGGACAAACCCUCAGAGAUCGUGGACGUUGGAGACAAAGUGUGGGUGAAGCUCAUUGGGAAAGAGGUGAAAGAUGACAAACUGAAGCUUUCCCUCUCCAUGAAGGUUGUUAACCAAGGCACAGGAAAAGACCUCGAUCCAAACAAUGUUUCCCUUGACCAGGAUGAGAGGAAGAAACGCACCUUCAGAGACUACACAAGUCAGAAGAUCACUCUUGAAGCUGUCCUGAACACUGUGUGCAAGAAAUGUGGGUGCAAAGGUCAUUUUGCCAAGGAGUGUUUCAUGCAGCCUGGAGGUACCAAAUACAGCCUCAUUCCAGAGGAGGAGGAAGAGGAGGUGACAGCAGCAGGAUGUGAAAGAGAUAAAAAGACCAGGGUGGCUGAUGAUGAUUCUUCAAAAAAAAGGAAGAAGGAGAAGAAGAAGAAGAAGAAGCACAAGAAUAAGCAGUCCUCGGAGUCGGGCUCGGACAGCUCGGACUCGGAGAGCGAUGGAGCUCAGCCAGCCAGCAAGAGGACCAAGCAAUCUGGGAAGCCCAGCAAGACUCAGAAGAAGAAGAAGAAAAAGAAGCACAAGAAGAAGCCCCGGGACUGAGCAGGCAGGCAGGAGUGCUGGUGUUUUGAGUCCCCAGCAUGCCCCUUGCUCCAGGGACAAGGAAUUCUCCUAAGAGUAACACUUGGUGUGUGAUGUUGCCUUUGACAGGGGUUGUCCUGUUACCACAGGUGCAGGGCCUUAUUUUCUCUCACCAGUGGGCACACCUGCCAAGACUGGCUCUUUACACCCCUUCAUCAGCACCUCUCCUGUCCUGUAGCUUCAUGUCUCACUGUGGGUGAGCUGCCAGCACUCCUCGGCUCCCCCAGCUGGGCACCCAGCCUGUGUCACAUCAGCUCCCAUCCUGGUGCCCGUGGAAGGUGGAGCCACACAGCCAUGCUCUCCCUGCUUGCCCCUACACCACACUGGGGACAGGGCUGGUUGUUGCUGGGCCCUGUGAUGGGGCUACAUCCUCCCAGCCCAUAAUGCUGUGGAGCUGCUUGGUUUUGGUACAAACCCUCCCCCAGCCUCAUUCAUUUUGUCUGCAGAGUUAAGAAGCAAAUGGGGGAAUGGAGAUAUUUUAAGGAAACAUGAACUGUGGUGUGUUUGCCGCUUUGGUAAGUGGUGGAAAAUAAAUCUCUCCAAUCUCCAGUU